UGUGUAACGGAUGUCUAACCACAAUUUAAAGAGUUGUAGAAUUCUUGGAACACUCAAAAAGAAAACUACAAGAUUCCUGAGUGUACUUUAGCACUUUUGAGAGAGAAAAUGGAGGGUCAAGCUCUGAAGAUUCAAUCUUUAAUCAUUUUUCCGAUCAAAUCUUGCCGUGGAAUCUCUGUCCCUCAGGCAACCGUAACUCAGACUGGAUUUGAAUGGGACCGGUAUUGGUUAGUUGUGAACCAUAAAGGGAGAGCAUGCACUCAAAACGUUGAGCCAAAGCUUGCUCUUGUUGAAGCAGAGCUGCCCAAGGAAGCCUUCUUUGAAGAUUGGGAGCCAACAAAGAACUCCUUUUUCGUGGUGAGAGCUCCUGGUAUGAGUCUGUUAAAAAUUCCAUUGACUACACCAAGCUGGGUGGCAGAAGGUGUGUCAAUGUGGGAAUGGUCUGGGUCUGCGUUUGAUGAAGGAGAAGAAGCUGCUAAAUGGUUUUCAGAUUAUCUCGGAAAACAAAGCCGUCUGGUCCGGUUUAACAAAGAAACCGAAUGUAGAGCUACACCUCCUCAGUAUGCAGUAGGUUACUCUACAACAUUUUCAAACACAUUUCCGUUUCUGGUUUCAUCUCAGGCUUCUUUGGACCAUCUGAAUACACUUCUGCCAGAACCAGUGCCUAUGAACCGUUUUAGAGCCAACAUUGUUGUGGAGAAUGGUGAUCCUUUCGAUGAAGAUCUUUGGGAUGAGAUCAAGAUAAACGACUUAGUCUUCAAAGGAGUUAGGCUAUGUUACCGCUGCAAGAUAACAACUAUGGAUCAAGACACCGGGGUUCCUUCGACUGAACCAAUCCAAACUCUUAGGAAAUUCAGAUCAGACACACUCCUAAUGCCAGACAAGAAAUCUCAGAGAAAGGUUUUCUUUGGUAAGGAGAUGGUUUGGAAUUGGAACAUAUACAACAGGCAAGGCAAAGGCAAGAAGACAAUCAAAGUUGGUGAUUCCAUCUCUAUCCUAAGUAAGAUCUCUUCCAUAACUGAAGCAGCUACUUAAAAGUCAUAAAAUAUAAACAUAUGUUGUGUUGAGUGAUAAUCAUCUGAAAAUAAAGUAGAGAGAGAUACUUUCUUAAUCAUGUAAACUAUUAUAAACUUCACCUUGUUGGAAGUAUUAUUUGGUUUGAAUAGUUUUAAUUGUUUCUUGCC